AUGGAAGGCUCAGAAAUUAUCCUCUCUCUGGACUACGCCGUGGAUGAUGAACUGAAGGACGAUGGCGGUGUUGAGGAAACUGAAGACGAAGCUGAAGUUGUUGAUGAUUGUGAGAAAGCAAUUUCAUCUACAACCAACAACAACAACAACAACAACAACUCAUCUGUCUCCAGCUCUAAAACCGCUGAAACACCUGAAUCGAACUCUAAAUCAGCCAAAGGCAAAAACAGCGAGGAAGUCGCUAAUGGUGUGAACGAGAAAGACAAGUCGUCUUCUAAAAGUGCAGCUGAGAAAAAGCCGCCAUCAUCAAAAUCGAAGGGAAAGUCGCAGCCGGCUAGCAGCUCCAAAAAGGAGAGCAGCUCUAACGGGACCAGUAACAAAAGCAAGAGCUCUACUGCUGCUUCUUCAUCUGAGACAAAGGCCUCAAAAGAUAAGGCAAAGUCAAACGAAGUGAAAGCUGAGCCUACCACCGAGUACAAGCUCUACGUCAGCGGCAUCAAUGAAGACACCAAGGCUUCGGAUUUGCAAGAUUUAUUUUCUAAGCACUCGAAAAUUCUAGAUGCAAAGAUCAUUCGUUUUGCCAAAAUUCCCAAACAAUGCUUUGGUCUGGUCACCUUUGAGAGCAUGUCUCUAGUGCAGAAGUGCAUUCAAACAAUGGACAAAAAUACCCGUCUGAAGGAUAACGUUAUUACUCUUUCUCAAAACUCUCCGCUUAAAUCGCCAAGCAAAAGCUCUUCUAGCAAAGCGGAAAAUGGCAAACAAACCGAGGAGGUUUCUGAAAAGUCGAAAUCAUCAAAAGAUGAAUCAAAGAGCGUGUCCACUAAAAAGGAGUCCACUUCAAAAGGGGAGACCAAAAGUCAGAAAAGCAAAACAACUUCAUCGACUAAAACUACGGAAAGCAAAGGAACUACUAGCAAAGAUGCUUCAAAGAGCUCUAAGGAUUCGUCGUCUGCCAAAAAGGACGUGAAAAAGACAGACAAAGAAAACAAAGAUUCAAAGACUAAGGACAGCAAAGCUAAGGACAGUAAGCCUAAAGAGAAGGAAACGGCUGAGAAAGAGAAGGAAAAGCCUAAGCAGAAGCCGAAACCGAAACCUAAGCCGAAACAGCAGGAAAAGCCAAAAAGUCGUCCAAAAGGAAAAGUGGACCGAUCCGUUUCUCGUUCACGAUCUCGCUCGCCUGUUUUCAGACGCUUCAACCCUCGUCGCCCACCCAUUGCCAUGCGUCCGCCAAUGCAUCCUCGUGGCCGAUUUGACCGUUUCCAGGAGAAUCGCAAACGCGAAGAGUACGAACGCAUUCAACACGAACGUCUCGAGAUUCGACGCGCGAAGGAGCUCAUUCGCCAGGAGCGUAUCAAACUGGAGAAGGAGAAGCUGGAGUUGCUUCACUUUGAGCGGCAGAAAAUCGAAAAGGAGCGCGAGGAGCUGGCCCGCAAGCGGCAGCACCUGGAGAUGGAGCGCAAGCGGGCGGAGUUUCAAGCGGUCAAGCGACCCAUGAUUGAGGGACAUGGACGCAGUCCGGACAACUUUCACUCCUCCUCGCAUCAUGGCAGCCGUCGCGGAGACGAAUCUCACUCUAGCCACGCAAGACCGGUGGUCGAAUCUUCGAGGUACUAUGACCUGCAUGCGAGCAUACCACUGCUGCACACUGUGUGUUCUCUCACUCUUUGCCCCAAUGCCUGA